AUGAGCCAGACUGAGUUGUUAAUUAUGCCUAUAUUGAAGCACAGCGCUAGCUCAGCAACUCUACAGCAACAGGUCCCGAGCUUCUCUGCAUUCCACAAACUUCCCACCGAGUUGCAAAUUCUCAUCUGCAAAAAUGCAGUAACACGCACUGAGCCCAUCGACCUCAGCAAACGGGUCAAUCAAAGACCUCCUGAAGUCACUCAUGUUUCGAAAUUCUUCUACACCGAAGGGACCAAACUCUACUACCGCGAAAACACUUUCCUCCUUCCCUUGCCUAGUCGACUUGCUCGUGAGGAAAACCUGCAUCUGGAUCAGUGGCUUUGCAACUCUACGACUACCGAGAUAUGCAAGAAGAUGAGCAAGAUUGUUGUCCAAGUGUCUCUGCCACCAGACAGAUCCAGUCUUGCCAAUCUGAUCCUUUUGGCUACACAUUUCCAGAACGAAUCUAGCGAAGAAGCCAAGAAGACGAUCAAGCUACAACCUUUUAUCACUGUGCCGGCCGAGAUGGAGGCUAUCUUACCAGUACCUACUGUGGCCACGGAACUGGAGACCCAUGUCUCGGAAGCAUUUUGGAGAGUGUUUGAUGGCAGUUUGCAGGACUUUGCCAAGGGAUCAUAUAAGAUUGACUGGGUAGAUGAGGAAGAGAUGGAAAUGAAUGCUGGUGUACCUCUUCUUGAGAGAUCCGUCGCUCUUGGCCGCAUUUGCGAAGAGCUUUGGCUAGCUAUCAUGAACGUAUGGCACCCGGACUCGUAA